AUGGCACCUGCGCAAGACUUGCCAGACGUGCUGGACGCUUUCUGCCUUCGAACGAACGAGGAUGCCGGUGACGACUUUAGCCCCCAGCUCGCGGCCAUGCUGCAAGGACAGUGCAUGGACUGGGAUGAGUUGCCACCCGAAAAUGACGAAGGAUGCAUCGAGUACAAGUGGCGUCUGGGUCCGGAGCACAGCCGCAGGCGUGUGGCAAGACUCGCGACGCAAAUGAAGUUUCGCCUGGCGGAGGGCAGUGGCACAGCCUUCUACCUGCUGGGCGUCCGUGACUCUGGUUUCGCUGAGGGCCUUUCAGCCCGAGAGCACUCUGAAGCAGUAAGUGUUCUGAUGGCGGCUGCCGGUGCGGCCGACUGCAUCCUGCUGUUGGAGGCUCUGGGCCGUUCCUCCAGGUCACAAAAGAGUAGGUGUUGCUCAGUGUGGCGGCUGGAACAGAGGCAUGCAGCGGUAAGCAAGCUGUCCAAAAACCUGCAUCUUUGUGGGUCCCUUGCCGACUCCUGGCAAAGAUGCCGCAUGGAAGUGGAGGAUCCCAAGGAUAUGAUGGAGUUGUUUGCCUUCCGCUGUGGUCAGAGGACGCAAUAA